AUGGAUCCUAAAGAUAAAUUGCCAAGUAGAACUGCAUCGCCUAGUCCUUCUUUAAGCUCAGCUUCUAGUAAUAAUAGCACUGCUAGGAGACUUGGCUCAUUACAGCCAGAAUUACCUGCUCCUGGCAGAUUAGCAUCUGUUAGAACCAUUCCAACAGGUCAUUACUUUCUACCAACCUCUUCAAGGGUGACACUUCGUGGAACACAGAAAAUGAGAUUUGUUCCUACUGUACCGGAAGCACAUCGAAGGCCUCAACCAACAAUUACUGCAGACUCAAUAAUACCAGAAUUUUUUGAUAAUGAUCCAUCAUUUGGGGGUCAAAGUCAUGGAUCAAUUGGAAGAAUGGGUCGAGUAGGAAUGCGUGAUCGUAGUAGAUUCGUCACAGAGAUGAAAGCAUCUGGUCCAUUUGCAUACGGUCCUCAUGCUAGUUCUGUGCCAAUGAUGACAGGAUCAAAUAAAAUACUUGGACAUUCUAUGAUGGAUGAGAAAAAAGAUUAUGAUGAUUUUGCAGAAGACUUUGAUUCAUUUCGUGAAGAUCCAUGGGCACCCGAUAUACUUACUAUAGAAAAAGAUGAAAGUUUUCAAAAAUUUUUAGACGCUAAAAAUGAAUUACUAUCCAAGGAGGUCGACCAAUCUCGUGAAAUAAAUUUAAAGGAAAAAAAAGAAAUUGCUUCGCUGCUCAAAGAAAAUGGACAUCUUUUCUGUAUCCAGUUACCCUCUAUCCUCCCAAAAUUUGAAGCAAACACAUUGCCUGUUUCAGAAAUUUUUGAUGAAUUAGGAGAUAAGGACAACAGCAAUACUGAAGGUCAAAUCGGUAAGCUUGUUAUAAGAAGUUCUGGGCAGAUGCAAAUGAUAAUUGGUAAUUUUGUGUUUGAUGUAAAUCCUGGGUUAGAUAGAUCGUUCUUGGAAAAUUCAAUUGUUAUUGAUCCAUCAAAAGAAACCGUUUAUAAUUUAGGACAAAUAAAAAAACAUUUAGUGGUUAAACCUAAUAUUUCAGAUUUAUUGGUAUAA